AUGCGAUUCUCGGGAUUGCAGCGGGAGGUCCUAAGCUUGUACCGGCAAUGCUUCCGAGAAAUUCGGAAAAAGCCUGUGAAUUCGCAGAGUAACUUUAAACAAUUGGCUAGGGAGGAAUUCCGAAAGAAUAAAGCCAUAAGCAAAAAGGAUUUCGCUGCUAUCGAGUUUCUGCUGAGGAAAGGUCACCGCCAGGUGGAGAUGUACUCUUCGCCAGCCAUCCGAAACGUCACAAGGUGA